CGACAAGCCGCCCAGCAGAUAAAUCAUGGCAUUGCCUCGGUCAAUUGCUCCUCGAACAACAUCUCCGAACAAUUGCUUCAGACCACCAAGAUGAGCGCAACAACAACAGUCCCGAACGACUCCCCCGGCAACGCCUUCUACCCCGCCACUCCCCCCAUGCGUCGCCCGGGCUUGACCUACCUCUACCGUCUCGAAUGUGACAUCCACAAGGAGGAAAUCAAUCUCGGCUCCCCACAUGGCGCGGGCGUCUUCCGCAGUAUCGCUAACAUCUCCGGGGGCACCUUCAAGGGCCCGGAGCUGUCAGGCACCGUCCUGCCGCACGGAGGCGCCGACUGGUCGACGAUGAUUGAGGGCACGCAUUCCAUCGCGCUUGACGCGCGGUACACAGCCAAGACCGACGACGGCCACUAUCUGUAUAUCCAGGCCCACGGACUCUACCGCCCGGGUCCGGGCACGGCCUAUGCGCGACAGGUUGCGGAGGAUCCGCUGUCUCGGCCGCCAUUGACGGUCUCCCAGGACGAUGUGGAGUUCUUUUCGCAUCUGCGGAUCGAGGCUGGGCCUGGGAGGUAUAAUUGGUUGAAUGGGUUGGUCUGUGUGGGGGUGAUGACUUGCGUGGAGGAUCGGAUUGUGAUUGAUGCGUAUUAUUUGACGAAUUUUGAGGGGGUGAAGCCGGAGGAUGUGAUGAUGAGGCCUGUGGGGAGGUGAUCCGUUGGUAUAGAUGUUGGAUGAUCGUUCGUAUGUGAUCGAUUUGGAUGUGUUUAUUGAGACUGGUAGAUUACCUCCUAACCCAUGUUUCCCUUCAGCAGCGAUAAGCUAUUGGAAUCAAACCGAG